CUGAUAAACAUCAUUUUCAAACUUAAUAUUUGUCUGAUACUUCUAAUUAUGAUGAAUUAUUCUAUAUUUAUUUUGUCUCAAAGAAUGAUUGUUAUUUGUUUUAACACCGAAUACAUAUAUAUUAUUUCAUUAUUCGGGAAUCUAUAUGUUUAUGUAUAUUUCAUUGAUAUUGGUAUCGAUAAAUAUAGGUGGUCACUUUCUUCUUUAAAUAAGCAUCGCUGAUAUUGUGUACCCAGCAUAUGCUCUUGGAUCAAGAAGGUAUAAGAAGAUGAAUAACUAUUGGCAUAGUAUGUUUAACUGGAUCAAGCUAUAUUUUUUUUUUAAUAUUUU